AUGGCUAAUUUAUCUAUCUUAACAUUAAAUGUUCAAGGUCUUCAUUCAGAGAUUAAUCUUACUACUUUGUUUUCUUGGCUCGAUUGUGUCAAAGCAGACAUCAUUUAUCAUCAAGAGACUCAUUCCAUAUCAAGUGAUGAAUUUGAUUCAUGGGUUCGGUUGGAAACGGAGUAUGGUAAUAAUCUUCAAAAUUAUUCAGUGGUUUCAUUGCCUGGAUCUCAUUGUAGUUCUGCUGUGGCCAUUCUUUACAAACCAUCUGUCAAGUUGGUCCAUUCGGAUAUUUAUGAUGCUGGUCAUCUUGUCAUAGCUCAUUUUUCUGUUAGUUCCAGUGAAUCCUCUUGUUUUCAAGUGGCAUGUGUUUAUGGUCCCUAUCAUAAGCAACCUG